CACACACACACACACGCAGACACAGAGAGAGCAAAAGGAGGGAACUUGUGUCUCUGCUCUGUUACUUCAGCAGUAAAACCAGCAGCAGUCACUGGAAGCUCCUGGAGCACAGAGCGUUCAGACGGGAAUUUCUGCUGUUUAUUAUCCGCCCUGAGGAUUUUAUUACUCUGUAAAAGUGGCUCAUCUGAACAACAUGGUGCGGAGCUUCAUUCUAGCGGCUCUCCUGUUGCCUCUCCUCUCUACAGCAGCCCUGAUCCCGAACAGCGGUAAUAAGAGCGUCGUGAGGACGUUUUCAGGAUUUCUGGAGUCAGGAGAUGAGUCGAUCUCUGAAUAUCUGGAUGUCCUGGAGGGUAGCGGCUCAGGCGUCAGCCAGGAGCACAACAGAGAGAAGGGCUAUAGAGUCUCCUCCAUGGCCUCUCAGUACCUUCAAGGCAGUCUGAUGACCGUUUUCAUCCCAAGCGUCUACAUGCUCAUCUUCAUCAUCAGUGUUCCUCUAAACGUGCUCGCGCUGAUCAUGUUCACACGCCGCAUACACCCUAAGAAGCCGGCUGCGAUCUACAUGCUGAACCUGGCCUGUGCAGACCUGCUCUUCGUUCUGCUUCUGCCUUUUCGCAUCGCCUAUCAUUACAAUGGGAACAACUGGAUCUACGGCUCGGUCAUGUGCCGCCUGAUCACCUCGGCCUUCUACUGCAACAUGUACUGCUCGGUGCUGCUGAUCACGUGCAUCGCUGUGGACCGAUACAUGGCCGUGGUCCACCCCAUAGACUCCCUGCCGUGGCGCAGACCCAAAAUCGCCACGGUUUGUUGCGCCACCAUGUGGGUUCUCUCCAUCGGCGGGGUCACGCCCCUGCUCGUGUCCGAACACACUGUGUACGUGUCCAGACUGGGCAUCACCACGUGCCACGACGUGUUGGACAUCACUCACCUCCGCGGCUACUACCUUUACUUCUUUCCCAUCUACAGCUCCCUGUUCUUCUUCAUUCCGUUGAUUUUGACCGCGGUGUGUUACUUUGCCACCAUUCAAACGCUGCGGGCGCUCGGUGGACAAAACCAAGCCCGGAUAUCCCGUGCGAUUGCCAUGGUCGUCACGGUGCUCGCACUGUUUGUUGUGUGCUUUGGACCCACCAACAUCAUCCUAAUAGCACACUAUGUCCGCUUCGCCCACGCGCACGACGACACUUCAUAUGCCGCCUACCUGGUGGCCAUGUGCCUGGGGAGCCUAAGCUGCUGCAUCGAUCCGCUCAUUUAUUAUUUCGGCUCGUCGCGCUGUCAGAAAUCGGUGCUGGCUUUCCUCAGGUGCCGCUCUGCACUGGAGCACUCUCAGCUGAGCAGGAGCAGGAACAGCACCACAACCAGCAAGCUGGAGACCUCCAAAAGCAACUUGAGCAGCCAGUACAUUAAGCUGGUUGCGUGAGCUUAACCGUAAAUGACGCCCCAAGGAGUACUUUAUCAACAUCUGAUUGCACUUGGAAAUGUGUCUUAUACUAGCCACAGUACGGCCUUCCUAAAUACACUGUUCACCACUGGCUUUACUGCAUUGACCAGCGUGUACAAUAAGCUCAUCUGCACCUAUUAAAGUGCCGAAUGACCAAGAAAUUCUAUGUGAAACUGUUCACAUCCUCUAAACAAUCAGUUUGAAAAUGCAUUUGUAAAAAUAUUCAUGAACCUCUACCUUCUUUUCAACCAACCCUUCAGGGUGUUGUUAUGUUUAAAUAAAGUAUAGAUAUACAGAGAAUGGGGUAGCUUAAGGUACACUAUAUUAACACAAGUAUUGAGACACCUGACUUUUUCAUCUAUACAGUAUGUGGUUCUUUCCCAAACUGAUAACACAAAGUUGGAAGCACACAGUUGUUGGAUGUAGUAGCAUUACAUUUUCCCUUUACUUAAAGUAG